CCCAAAGCAACCUCACGACAGUUUGGGCAGUGGCAUUGUUGUUCCGUGCUCACUGUCGUAGGGCUGUCCGGAGGAAAAAACAAAGCAAAAAAACAGCUACCAUCUAUCUUUGGGGAAGAUGCUAGCUUUUGCGGUCGCUUGAUGUUUUUGUAGUUGUGAACGUUUACAGUUUUUGUCUUUUCUGUUUAAGAUUCGGGGACGCUGCUAGCACAUAGCUAGCUCGACUAUAGCACUCACAAAAAUGAAUUCCAACACGCACGUAAUCCAGGUGACAAACGUUUCACCGAGUACGACGUCCGAACAAAUGAGGACUCUGUUUGGAUUCCUCGGAACCAUAGAGGAGCUCAAACUGUUCCCGCCCGAGUGAGUAUUGUGAAUUAUGACCUGGUAAAUUGUCCUCUCCUCCAUAAUCCAUGGCGGCUCACGCGGGGCUCUUGCUGAGGCCUACAGCAUCGAGCAGGCCUCGCUGCACGGUAGUGCUAAUGCUAAUGCUCCCGCGUCUUUAGUGAACGUAGCAGCACUUGCUUCUCUCAAAUUAGAUAUGCAUGUAUUUAAAAAUGCUUCAAUUCUUCAUCCAUACGCAUCUGCUGAUUAUCACAUUUGUCUAUUAAGCAAUCAAAAAAAAUUUGGUAAUCGUUUGUGUAAGUCGGUUAUCUAACACAUACACAGUAGGGAGCUAUACAUCCUGUUUAUCGAGUUAUCUGUAUUCUCUCUGUCAGAAAAUAAAGUAAUAAAAAUAUACACGGGAGAAAUAAGCAUGAAUGGCUUAAUUUUAAUAAUCACCAGAGUUGCUCCUAAUUAUUUUGAUUUCAAGUGGGACUUAUGUGGCAGCUUUUCGUAUAAAAUGAGCUGUUGAUUAGCAUCCUAAACGAGCGACAGUGCAAAAGAGCAACUAAUUAUGACUCUUAAGGUUAGGGGGAGCAGUGGGAAAUUUGGUUGCACGCCUGGUUGAGCUAAAUUGGAAUAUUUCCUUAGGUGCAUGCUUUGUUUAGAUCCACAGAGGACAAUAAUGAGCUACAGUACACACUGCACAGUGUUUUCUUACCUUAAUUCUCUCUGUGUUGUGUUUUCUCUGUUGAAUUACACGUGGCUACUGGACAGGUAUGAAAUAAUCAAGAAGGUGAUUUUCCGGGUAGAUGUAGUUGUAACUGUUUGAAAGUUUAAUCGCCACCAGUUUUAUACCAGUAUUUAGUUUUAUUCUCAUACUAUGGUGCUAAAGAGUGCAACAAGAUCAGAAAUGGCUGAAGAAAAAGGUUGUGUGUCACCUCUGGAUGAUACUGUGUUGUACUAUGCAGAGAACAAGAGUCACUUCUGUGCUUAUAUAAUUAGCUUUCUUGUCCCUGUGGACGCAGACAGAGUAUGAAGAAGGCAUGUUGUCUCUCCUUGUUUGUAUUCUUUGCACAACAUAUCUGUAUUUUCUUCCAGUGACUCUCCCUUGCCUGUGACUUCACGUGUCUGUUUUGUAAAAUUCCUUGAGGCUGAGUCCGUGGGAGUUUCCCAACACCUGACGAACACAGUCUUCGUGGACAGAGCCUUGAUUGUGGUCCCUUUCGCUGAAGUGGACAAGUCAUUUGCAGAGAGCCCCUUCCUUGCUGGCUGAAAGUGGUCCUCUGAUGCCAUCAGGAGAUUAGAAAAAAUAAUGGCACCAGGCUCGCAAGCCCCUUCUCUCUCUUGUUCUGCAGUAAAAUAUUAACUUUAUUUUUUUUUCCUCUCUGUUCAAGGCAUCUUUUCUUGAAAAAAAAAAAAAAAAGAAAAAAAAAUAGCCUCACAACUGCUUAAUCAAAUUAGGGGAUUUUGGAGGGUACGGGGUGCAGGGAAAUCUAAUUUCUUCACAUGUUGAAAGGAUUUUAAUAUUCUCAGAUACAAUGUGUGUCAUGUAGUAGACAUUCACCAAAUAAGGGAUACCCCGAGCAAGUAGAAUAGUGUCAAGGCAAUCCAAACAUAUCUGAACCAUUUCUGAUCCUCUGUUUAUAUUUUAACCUUCUGCGAUCUGUCCACCAAUGGUCAUGUCCAGAUGUCCAAAUUUGGCAGCAAUGUGUCAUUAAUGUUGUCUGGGAUACUGUGAAAAGGCUUGUGAAAGCCAUCAGAUCCACAGUGACGUAGCAGUAAAUGCUCUGCACGUACACACAGGUGUUUUGGUUAUUGGUUGAUUUGACCAUGUUUUUAGGAUCGGCUUGGUGGGGCUGUGAUGGUUGGAUCCGCAAACUCCAGGCCAGUAGAUGCAAGAAAACCAGGAUAAGAGUUAGGGUGAAGCUCCUGAAAACUGGUCUGAUCAGCCUAAUAAGAGAAAACACCUGUGUGGAUGUUGAAUCUAUCCCCUUCAAACACACAAGUCUCCAAACUGAACUGACUUUCUUUUUUUUUUUUAAUGUACAUUUCUUUAGCUGGAAAUUUAUCACACAGAAGGAAAAAAUGAAUAGCGGAUCAAGAUUUGGGUCGGUUUCCUUUUGUUAACACUGAUCAGACUGGAAACCAAUAAAAGAAAAAGAAAAUGUUCGGGACAUCCCUACACCAGCACAAAGCAUGCGAAAUAGAAGAACUAAUCAGCUGUGCAUGCUAGACUAGAUUUUUGAAGGUGUUUGCCAUCAUCUGAGUUUUGGCCAGCGGGUGUUGUGGCAGUUAAUUCUAAUUUGGCUUUUGGUCAUAAUAAGCACAGAAACUGCCCUCGGCAUUUACUUGCUUUAUUUCCCAAAGCCUUGUAUUAUUGUUAUUACUAUAUUAUUAUUAUCAUUAUUAUCAUCAUUAUUAUUAUUAUUAUUAUUAUUAUUACACUGUAAAUUUGCAUUCCCAAACUUUCACUAACACAAGAGAUAAUUAUGGUAUUAAGCCUCUUGAUGUUGCCGUAAAAAAUGCAUUUUUAUUAACUUAAUUUUUUAAAUUGACCCUCUCCAAACAUGACUCUGAACGAGUUGAGUGAAUCUCACGUUUAACAGUGGUGUUUCUUUUGUUGUUGUGUUUUACAGUUCUUUUUCCUGGUUCAGCCAGCCCUAUUUACCAGGCCCUGCUGAAAAUGCCACCAACAGUUUUGUCUUCUGCAGCCUUAUCCUGUUUCUCAAGUGUCCUUUCUGUUGUGUGGGUGGGUGUGCGUGGGUGCAUGUCUCCCCCCUCUCUCUCUCUCUCUCCCUCUCUCCCUCCCUCCCUCUCUCCUCCCUUCAUAAUGUAAAGAAACAUGUCAGAUUAAAAAAUAGCCUGUUUUCAGAUUGCACAGCCAUGGAUGAUCAUCUCAUGAGAUUUUUUUUUUUCUGUCAUUUUUACCGUUUGGUUCUCUUCAGCUUUGGGAAUAUUUUUCUUAUCACUACCUUUGCAAUAGCCUGUAAUUGUUCAGUGUAGAUUAUUGUUUAUUUAUUAUAUUUUUUUGUGACAUACUGCUAAAACCUGUCAGUACUGUAUUUGAUUAGCAGUACUUUACCUGGUUGUUAAGUGUUUGGUUUUUUUUUUGUGGUGGGGUUGUACAAAAAAAACAAAAAGAGAGAGAACCCACCAGAAAAAGGCUAGAAAAGGUCAAAUGAGUAAGCCUUUUCUGUUUUUUGUAUUGGUAAUGGUAAGUGAUGUUGAAAUGUACCCUUGUGUCUACACCCAAAUCAUGAACUUUGUUUUCUGUAUCUCAAUGUUUUUGUGUGCUUUAUAGCGAAGCAGCCGGCGCGAGUCGCUUGUUCAUAAAACAUCUAAUGAAAGUUGAGAGCACAUCCCACGGGACAACUGGCUGUGCUUGCUUACGUUUGGUUCAUGACUUAAAAAACAAGUACAGGUGAUAAAAUCUUGGCAGUGUUGACCACAGUGUGUAUUGUGACUUUGAAACUUAUAGCUGCUAAUCCUACAAUCAUAUUCACAACAAAGCAAAACAGCAACAACAACAACAAAAGUCAGGGAUCAAGAUUUACAGACAAGACAAAAAAAAGUGGAUUUUUGUUUUUCAUUUUUUUACUACAGUGUAGUUAGACUGAGGUGGCUUGUCUGCAAGUCUUGUCUGAGUGUUGUCGACGUCGUCUUGGAAGAUGUACUGAGAUGUUCUUGGUUUUUCCUCCAGGAGUCAUUCCCGAUGAAUCUAAAGCUAUGUCGCUGCUGGCUCCAGCCAAUGCUGUGGCAGGAAUGAUGCCUGGUGGAGGCCUUCUCCCGACACCGAAUCCUCUGGCAUCUUGUCUAUGCCCGACAUUUCAGAUGGGAGCGACACCAUUUGGAGGUCUUGGAGCUCCUAGCAUUGAGCAGAUGGCUGCUAUGGGAAUGCCCGGACCGAACAUGAACCCCCAGGCUCUUUCCGCAGAUUUCCUGAAGCUCAUGCAGUCCAUGGAUCCCAAAUUGAACCUUGCGGCCGGAUUGAACUUGAGUCCGGGGCUGAAGGCUGACGCAUCGAAUAAGGAGAUUGAAGAGGCCAUGAAGAGAGUCCGAGAGGCCCAGUCUCUUAUUUCUGCAGCUAUUGAACCAGGAAGUAAGAAAGAUGACAAGCGCAAACAUUCCCGCUCCCGUUCGCGUUCACGGCGUAGACGAACCAGAUCUCGUUCCAGACACAGACGUUCGAAGAGCAGAUCUCGGCGUAGGUCUCAUUCAAGGAGCCGGAGGAGGUCCAAGAGCCCACGGAGGAGGAGGUCCUACUCCCGGGAUAGAAGCCGUCGCAGUAGAUCUAGAGACAGGAGGAAGGAGGAGAAAUCCAAGAAAAGAUCCAAGACUCCCCCCAAAAGCUACAGCAGCGCCAGGAGGUCUCGGAGCAUUACUCGGAGACACAGGCGAAGUCGCAGUGCUUCUCGCUCCCCUAAGAGAAGGGUCUCCAGGUCUCCGUCCCCCAGACGCCACAAGAAAGAAAAAAAGAAGGACAAGGACCGUGAGAAGGAAAGGGACAGAGACAGGAGGGAGGACAGGGACCGCAGCAGAGACGAACGAGAGCGCUCCAACAGUAAGAAAAAAAAGAGCAAAGACAAAGAACGAGAUCGGGACCGCAAGUCCGAUAGCGAGAAAGGAGAUGUGAAGGUGACUCGGGACUACGAUGAGGAGGAGCAAGGUUAUGACAGCGAAAAAGGAGAGGAGGACGACGAGAGGAAGACCGACUCUGACUCCGUCUCGUCCCCGAAAAGCCAGGAGGAGAUGGAGAGAUCUGAGGGCCAAAUCCCCAAAAAGUCCAAACUGAAUGGAGAUGAUCACCACCAGGAAGACAUGGAGAUGAGCGACUAACAACGUCCAAACCAGAUAGCAUCGUCUUUUCACUGUCCUUUUUAUAUUUUUAAUAUAGGCCACGAUAUGUCUGUGCCUGAUCGCUCAAAGUUAAACAGAUUUUGUCUCAACUGUAGAAACACUGCAAAGGAGGGCAGGCGGUGGGGUGUACGGAGGGGAGGGGGCGGCAGAAUUUUUGUAAAGAUAUAAGAAACAAUUACUGAAAUAUGAAGAACAUGAAACUUGGUUUUAAAUUGUCAUUGCUGUACUUUUUAAAGAUUUUGUUAUUGUUGGAGUUUUUGUCUUUCUGACAGUAAAAUACGCAGCGUUUUCCUCUAAAAACGCAGCAUCUGUAAAUAUUUUACUGGUCAGGACUUCGUCCUCAUUCAGUCUGCUCGUUGUUUACCACUCACCGUUUUAUUUUUUCCAAACGAACCAUUUGCUUUAACUGUGUAACGCACCCAGCUGUGUUUCAUCUCUACUGACCUAUUUACAACCCUUUAUUGUACAUUGUAGAUUGAAAUGUGUUGUGACAAUGAAAUAUGUUGUCUGCAAUAGAAUUUCCAAAGGACACAAAUAAAUUGGGGUAAACUGUCAA